GUUCUUUGUUUCUCAUUCUCUGCCUCUCGUUCAUGAGAGCAAGAACAAACCCAAAAAAAAAAAAAAAAACCACGAAAACCAGUUACAAAAAACCAACCAAAAAAAAAAAAAUCAAUCAAUCUACCGCCAUUUUUGGCCUCAGAAAAUUCAUCAAAAUAUCCCAUAUUCUUCUUUUCCAGUUCUCCCCACCUCGCAAGACGUCAAUUUUCUCUCUUUAAUCGCCAAUUUCUCUUCUUCCGGUUUCUGGAACCCACGCCAAUCUUCACCUUUAUCUGAGCAAAUUUGAUACGGAUCGGGUGGGUUCCUGUCGAUGCGUUUUGGUGUUGAAUUGAAUUGGUGACCACCCAGGUCAUCGAUAAUCUCUGUUUUUCGAUUUUUGGAAAUUUGUCUCUGCAUCGGGAAUGCCUCUCUUACCGAAAAGCGACUCGAUCCUAAUUCGGGAAGUGUGGAACGACAAUCUCUACGACGAGUUUGAAUUGAUACGCAAAAUCGUCGACGACUAUCCUUAUGUCGCCAUGGACACCGAGUUCCCCGGCAUUGUUCUCCGCCCCGUGGGCAACUUCAAGAACAGCUACGACUACCAUUACCAGACCUUGAAGGACAACGUAGACAUGCUCAAGUUGAUUCAGUUGGGUCUUACGUUUUCGGACGAGGAAGGGAACUUGCCCAGUUGCGGGACUGAUCAGCAGUGUAUCUGGCAGUUCAAUUUCCGCGAAUUCAAUCUCAACGAGGAUGUUUUUGCGAAUGAUUCGAUCGAGCUGUUGCGACAGAGCGGGAUUGAUUUCAAGAAGAACAAUGAAAGAGGUAUUGAUGCAAAGUUGUUCGGGGAGCUGUUGAUGUCGUCGGGGAUUGUGCUGAAUGAUAAUGUGCAUUGGGUUACUUUCCAUAGUGGAUAUGAUUUCGGGUACUUGCUUAAGGUCUUGACGUGCCAGAAUUUGCCUGAUACGCAAGUGGGGUUCUUUAACUUGAUCAAUAUCUACUUUCCGACGAUAUAUGAUAUCAAGCAUCUGAUGAAGUUUUGCAAUAGCCUUCAUGGGGGACUGAACAAGCUGGCCGAGUUGUUGGAAGUGGAGAGAGUUGGGAUUUGCCACCAGGCAGGUUCCGAUAGUUUGCUCACUUCUUGUACAUUCAGAAAAUUGAAAGAGAAUUUCUUUAGUGGUUCUUUGGACAAGUAUGCUGGUGUCUUGUAUGGUUUAGGUGUUGAGAAUGGACAGAGUACUCAUUAGGAAAAGUAUUUAUUAGGAAAAAAAUAAUAAUUUAGAAGCCUGUUUCUUAAUUGUAUGUCUGUGCAUGAUAAUCUUCAUGCACACUUUUUGGCAGCAAGUUAAUUGAUGAAUACAAUAUAUUUUUAAUGAUAAG